CUCAAAUAUUUUUCCAAAAAAAUAAUCGAAAUAAUUACAAAGAAAUUCUUCGAGAAGUGGCCGAAUACGAAGAGAAAAAGGCCAUCUGGAGUCGACUCCCUACGGUAAAAAGAUGACGAUCGCUCCUUAUAACGAUAUUAAUCGCGAUAGUAACUGGUCGUCAUCUGUUUGGCGCACUUCUUCGCCAGCAACCGUAUACCGGACCAAAGAAACUGUAGUACCAUCAAGGAAUAUCAUAAACUGUAGUACCAUGCUACGAUUACGAACGGUCUUGGCUUUGACCGUGCUGUCAUGGGCGAUCUUGGCGGUUAAGGGGGCACCGCACCGAGGCAAAAGCAAAAAUAACGAUCGACCUAGGAUCGUUUACGAUCAGAAACAAACGGGUGAUUUUAAUUUGCAAGUGCAUUUAAAGGAUUUACAGAUUAUUGCGAUCGUAGGGGAUGAAGCUCUUGGCGGUGAUUACGACUACGCAUAUGAUGAUUCCGAUUUCACAAUUAAGCCACCACAUAAACCAUCCACCAGCACUACUACCACAUCGAAACCAACCACAACAUCAACAACCACAACCACAACGACCUCCACUACUACUGCAAAACCAUUUACCCACAUUCCCGUUAUAAUCACUUCCACAGAAGAUGGCGUGAAAGAUAACGCAAUUAAAGGACUCCUAACGCCAAAUGACACUGAAUCUGAUGAAACAACAACCCAAAAAAUCACCACCAGCAGCUCAGAACCGCUGAUAUCUGGAGAGACGGUUGCCAUGGCUCCAGGUAAAAUUAAAGUCCAGAUUUUAGGAUCGCCUUCGGCUGCUAUGGGAGAACUUUCGCCGCCGGCUGGUAUAAUUCCUGGAGAAGAUAUCCAGAGUGAUAUUGGAGAAACUGUUUUGCAUGGAGAAAUGGCUAGCUAUCGAAAAUGCGCCACUGGAUAUUCAAGGGACAAGAAAGGAAGAUGUAGGAGAGUGAGGAAACCGGUGACAUCAAACUUAUUUGGUAGAUUAACGAGCAACUUGGCCAGCAAACUGAAACUAUCCACGCCUGAAGACCGCUCUGUUCCAUAAUAAUUUAAUUAUAUCAUUUAUUUAAGGAUAAUUUAUUUAAAUAUAUUUAUUGUUCUUACUUGUAUUUCAAUUAUCAUAGGUAGUGA